AUGGAAGUUCAAAUUGAUAUAUUAGAUACAGCUGGUCAAGAAAAUUAUGCUGCUAUUCGUGAUACAUAUAUUCGUACUGGCGAAGGUUUUCUUCUUGUAUUUGAUAUUACAGAUUCAGAAUCAUUUUCGGAUUUACAAGAACUUCACGACCAAAUUUUACGUGUAAAAGGCAGUGGAACAAAUAUCCCAACAAUAUUAGUUGGAAAUAAAACUGAUUUAACUGAUAAACGUAAAAUUACAGUGGAAGAAGCUGAAAGAAAAGCAAGUGAAUGGUCAAUAAGAUAUAUUGAAACAUCAGCAAAAACAAAACAAAAUGUUGAUAAAGUCUUUUGUGAAUUAAUGAGAAGUGUAAAACCAUUAAAAACAACAAAAGAUACAGAUGAUGACAAUAAACAUCGAAUGGAUUCAACAACGACAAAAAAAGACACAGGUUGCUGUGUUAUUUUAUAA